AUGGCGGAUAACCUGAGGAAACUGGUCUCCAACGAAUCUUUAAGAUCGAUGCAGGACCAGCUAGAGUCCUGGCUGAGGGAGUACAACACGAACUCAUGUGAUCAAAAUCUAAAUCAUUGCCUCGAACUCAUUGAACAAGUCGCCGAAGUGCAGAGACAACUCUUUGGGAUCUUCACUACAGCAGCCCAAGAAGGAGGACAUUAUGAUGGUGUGGAAACAAUCAAAUCGCGUCUUUUGCCUUGGCUGGAGGCCUCCUUUACUGCUGCUUCCCUAGGAAAACCUGUCGACAGCAAGGUGUCCUCUCUACAGGACACGUUUGAUAAGGACGGACCUAAAGAGUCUGGCGCUCGGGAUCGGGACAUACAACAAUUAGAUGCUGAUUUGAAUGCAACUCGUCAUCAACUCAACCAGGUUCAAGACGAUAUGGCUGAAACUGAAAAGACUCUUCAAGAAACCAAGAACAGAUCGGCCAUAUCCCUUCUGACUGCAGAGGAGGAAAUAAAUCAGCUAAGAAAGCAGCUUAAAUCUCUUCAAGCCCAGGAGGAAUCUCGCCACAGACACUCAGAGCAUGGGAGCUCAGAGAAGCGGGGCUCCGAGCGUAGGAGAGAGGAGCUGCGGGGCUCGGAGCAGAUGGGCGCGGACGGGUGGAGCGUAGACCAGCGGAAGGCAGAAGCGAUAUGCGAUUAUGAGAAACAGCUCCGAACGCUGAAGGACGAGAUAGCUGUUCUGUCCGCUGAAAAAUCUGUACUCCAAGGAAGGACCGCCAGGAGCCGGUCUCCGAGCCCUGACCCUCGCAGCCACGGCCGCAGCCGCAGUCACGGCCGCAGCCGCAGCCGGUCCACCAGCCCCAACACCGCGGUCGCGAAGGUCAGGAGCCCGUCUCCGAGUCGCGCCAAACUGUCCAGCGUGGCGCGCAAGGCCGCCCUGCUGUCCCGGUUCAGCGACGCCUAUUCCCAGACCCGCCUGGAUGCGCAGUGCCUGCUGCGGCGCUGCAUCGACAAAGCCGAGACGGUGCAGCGGAUCAUCUACAUCGCGACAGUGGAGGCGUUCCAUGUAGCUAAAGUGGCAUUCAGACACUUCAAGAUCCGUGUGAGGAAAUCGCUGACACCGUCUUAUGCAGGGUCAAAUGACUUUGAGGAUGCUGUCUUGGAUUAUAUCAUUUGUCAUCUUGAUCUAUAUGAUUCCCAAAGCAGUGUUAAUGAUGUGAUCCGAGCCAUGAAUGUCAAUCCCAAGAUUUCAUUCCCUCCUGAAGUUGACUUUUGCCUCCUCAGUAACUUCAUCCAUGAGAUAUGUUGCAUCGCCUUUGCAAUGCAGACUUUAGACCCACCCCUCGAUAUUGCAUUUGGGGCUGAUGGAGAAAUUUUUAAUGAUUGCAAGUACCGUCGAAGCUAUGACUCCGAUUUCACGGCUCCCUUGGUCUUCUAUCACGUAUGGCCUGCUAUCAUGGAGAAUGACUGUAUCAUUAUGAAGGGAGAAGCUGUCACCAGGAGAGGGGCUUUUUGGAACUCAGUGCGAUCUCUAAGUCGAUGUCGAAGCAGGAGUUUAAGUCCCAUCUGCCCUCGUAGCCGUAUUAGUUUAAGCACGAUAUCUCGAAGCCGGAGUCCUUCUCCAAUAAGAUAUGGAUUGCCAAGCCCUGCUGCUGACCUCAGCCGCCGCACUGGAGCCUUCUUCAUUCAUGAGGUCCUGGAGUCGCCCCCUGAAAUCAAACCUCUGACCCUGUCCCACCCCGUCUACCACUCAUGUCUGAACUUCAGUUCUACAUAG